UUAAGAUGUCUGACUUCACACAUUCUGCCAACCCCAACGACCAUUCUUUUAAAACUCGCUUUUAAAACUUCUUUUUAAAAAUCAUAUAAAAUAUAUAGUCUAUAAAAGAGACGACCGAAACUAAGCCAUAAAAAACAGAACAGAUUUGUGUAAAGUAGAUCAGACAGGGUGUUUUCGCUGGUCCCUGGGCGGAAGUGAAUUAAUCUCCAUAACUGUGUGUGUUUAUCUGUUAUGCGCCAUUAUUGAUCUCUUCUCAACUCUAAAUCACACAAUUUCCCGUACUAAAGAGAUGGAUGUGGUGAGUUUCCGUUUGCCCGGGCAUGGAGACACCACCCUGAAUAACAUGAACUCUCUGCGGUCACAGCAGCACUUCUGUGAUGUCACCAUUGUGGCGGGGGGCAGACCCAUGUUCAGGGGUCAUAAGGUUGUACUGGCUGCUUGCUCUGCGUUUCUUAGAGACCAGUUUCUCCUGAACCCUUCAUCAGAGCUGCAGGUGUCAAUGUUGCACAGCUCAACAGUUGUGUGUGAGCUCCUCCAGUCCUGUUACACAGGGAUACUGCAGUUCAGUGCCAAAGAGAUUGUGAAUUACCUGACUGCUGCCAGCUACCUGCAGAUGGAGCAUGUGGUUGAGAAAUGCAGAGGAGCCCUGAGCCAGUACAUGCAACCCCGGAGUCGCAGCCCAAUGACUGUGAAAACAGAAGACCCUCAGUCCAUGCCAGUGAUUGUCAGUGGAAGUUCCCAUUCAUUGGGAUCUAUGUCGCCCCCUUCUGAUACUGCAUCACUGCACCCUCACAGCUCUGGAAAGGAGCUCCAAGCCACGGAUGUUGAACACUCCAACAGUCAGCGCAGAGAUGCCAGUGAUUUGUCUAUGCAUCAUGUAAGAGCAUCAGAACAGUCUGGCCACUAUGAGAGAGAGGACGGCACUGAGAGUGACAUUUUUCAAGUACACAUUAGCGAUGAACAUCAAGACCUUGAGAACACCACUGGUGCUGAAGAGGACAGAGAAGCUGUUGUUGUAUUAGACGACAACUGUCAGGACCUGGACACGGGUGUGGAGGAACCCAGUAUGGAGGGUCGCAUGAAAGGCAACAGCCUGAGAGGAGCAGCUCGCAUGUGGAGGCGAAGACACGGUGAGCACAGGGGAGGCCGAGGAAGAGGCUUCAAAAACAGGAAGCGGUACACUUUAAAAGAUCGCAAACUUCUGGGUAACUAUCAGGAGGCUUGGCGCUUUCCGACCCCAGAUGAGAUAAUGGGGAAUUUUGGAGCUGACUUCGGUGCCGAUUACCUGUCCAAUCAGCAUCUCGCAGAUGGUUCCCUCCACGUCGAGUACAGGGUGGGUGUGGGACGAGGAGAAGAGGGUGGCUCUAAUGGGGGUCCUACGCACUUUGGUGUAGAAGGUUCUGGAGGGGAGGAGGGAAUGGGAGUUGGGACACCUUCGAAUGAGCGCGGCACAGCUGAUGAGUCAGUGGCGGUGGUGGGAUCCACUUCCUGCGUAACGGGAGCGGUCGUAUGUGAGCAUUGCGGACUUGCGUUUUCUUCAACACAAGACUUAGCCGUGCAUUCCCUGGCGACACACCGGCUAUACGUGUGUCCGUGCUGCGGUAAGAACUUCAGCCACUCCAGUAACCUCAACCGCCACAUGGUCGUUCACCGCGGAGUCGCCAAGCUCCACUGCUGCCCCCUGUGCCACAAGACCUUCACUCAGAAGUCAACACUGUGCGACCACAUGAACCUCCACAGUGGUGAGCGUCCGCACGUGUGCGCGUACUGCCACGUGAGCUUCGCCCACAAGCCAGCCCUGCGUCGCCACCUGAAGGAGCAACACGGAAGGACCACCGCCCAAAACUACCUGGAGAUGCAGCGGAAUAAUGAGGGAAUGGCUGGAGGUGUUGGAGGAGUUUAAAUCGGCCAUUUAAAUAAUAAAGCCAUUUCUCGCUGACUUUAACGUGUGUAACAAUAAUGGCUACAUUUUGGCUUUAAAGUUGACAUUUUAUUUUAGUUCUACAGAAUUGUUGCUCAGAAGUAAUUGUCAUUGUGCAGACCAUAAUACUGUUAAAGCAUUUGAUCACUUUUGCCCAGAGAGAGACUCAAUUAUGUUGCUUAUACAGUGGCAAGAGAAAGUAUGUGAAAGUAUGUGUGCCAGCACUUUGACGGUCCAAAAGUCAUAUUUAGGCAGCAUAAAAGUAAUCCAUGUGACUCCAGUCGAUCAAUGAACAUCUUCUGAAGUGAAUUCAUAGGUUUAUGUAAGAAACAAGCCGAUAAUUAAAAAGUUUUUAACUUUAAAUCAGCGCUUCCAUCCAGGGCUCUGAUGCUGUUUGAAAUGGCCGUUAGCGUGACGUUUGUUCUUCUGUUGUAAAUAAGCGGCGCUUCCGAAUUCUCACGUGAACUCGCUGACGCACUUAUGUCACGUUUCGCGUCAGCUGUUGGCAGAAAGCGCUUUUCAAGUUAAUUACAUUUUAAUUAUUUAUUUAUUUUUUACACAAACGUAUCAAUUUGCUUCAGAAGACAUUCAUUGAUCGAGUCGUGUGGAUUACUUUUAAGCUGCCUAAAUAUGACCUUUGGACCUUCAAAGUGCUGACAUACAUGUACUUCCCUUAAGGACCUGACAGAGCUCUGUCUUCUUCUAAAAAUCUUCAUUUGUGUUCCACUGAAGAAAGACAGUCACACACAUUCCUUUAAGAUCUGGGCUUUGACUGUGUCACUCCAAAAGGUGGAUUUUCUUUUUUUGAAGCCAUUCUGUAGUGGAUUUACUUCGAUGUUUAGGGUCAUUGUCCUGCUGCAUCACACAACUUCUACUGAGCUUCAGCUGGCGCACAGCCACCCUGACAUUAUCCUGUAAGAUAUUUUGUUAAACUUGGGAAUUCAUUUUUCUCACAAUGAUGACAAGCGGUCUAGGCCCCGAAGCAGCCCCAAAUUAAGAUGCUCCCUCCACCGUACUUCACCGUUGGGAUGAUGUUUUCAUGUUGGUAUGUGGUUUCUUUUUUACGCCAUACACAAUGCUGUGUGUUCUUCCCAAACAAUUCAACCUUAGUUUCAUCAGUCCACAAAACAUUUUCCAGGUAGCGUUGUGGAGUGUCAAGGUGGUCUUUGGCAAAUUUCAGGUGCGCAGCAUUGUAUUUGUUGGAAAACAGCGGCUUCCUUCGUGGUGUCCUGCUAUGGACAUCAUGCCUGUUUAAUGUUUUCUGUAUAGUAGACUCAUGAACAGAGAUAUUAACCAGUUUCACUCAUUCCUUCGAGUAUAUAGCUGUCACUCUAGGAUUAUUUAAAGGGUGCAUUCUGCGGUGUGCCUUUUGAGUCAUCAUGGCUGCACGGCCACUUCUAGGGAGAGUAGCCACAGAACUAAAUCAUCUCCAUUUAUACACAAUUUGUCUAACUGUGGACAGAUGAAUAUCUAAGAUCUUCGAGAUAACUUUGUAACCCUUUCCAGCUUUAUGCAAAGCAACAAUUCUUGAUUGUAGGUCUUCUGAGAUCUCUUUUUGCGAGGCAUGGUCCACUUCAGCAGAUGCUUCUUGUGAAUAGCAAACUCAAAAUAUUUGAGUGCUUUUUAUAAGUCAAAGUAGCUCAAACUCACACCUACAAUAUUGUUUCAUUAAUUGGAUGCCAGGUUUGCCAACUCCUGACUCUAAUUAGCUUUUGUUGACAUCAUUAGCCUAGGGGUUCACAUACUUUUUCCAACCUACACUGUGAAUGUUUGAAUGAUGUAUUCAAUAUGAACAAGAACAAUGCAUUAAUUUGUGUGUUGGUUAAAACAGAUUGUGUUUGUUAAUUAUUGUAACUUAGAUGAAAAUCAAACCAGAUUUUAAGACAAAUUUAAACAAAUGCAGGUAAUUCCAAAGGGUUCACAUAUUUUUUUUAUUGCCACUGUAUACUCGUUACCACAUCAGUGCACAGAUGCUACAGUUCUGUGUUUCUUUCCAGGUUAAAAAAUGUACUGCUAGUGCGGAGCUGAUAAAGGACAUCAGAAGGGAAGGUCGUGGUCUAUGUUUGUGGCUUGUAGACUUAUAGAUGGAUGAACAAGUUAAUUGUAACAAACUACAGUAUGUACUGUGGCCGAUGAGGAAAGUAAGAAAAGGUCUGUCAUUUUAGUUGUAGUGAAAAUUCAGUGUCUGUAUCUCAUUAAUUACAUGAAAAUGCUGUUAAAAUGAGAGCUUGUCUCUGUAAUUUUAUUGCCAUGACUUCAUAUGGCAUUGCCAUUGAGUCAAACCAGUGUCCCUUUAAAGGUGAAGUCUUUACUUUCUUCAAACAGGUUUCCCAAAUGUCUGCUAUUGGUCGCACAAUAGUUCUGCUCACAAACUCAUCCAAUUAACUGAGUCAAUGUUGCCAUGUUGCCUAAACUAAUAGAACAUUGUUGAAAGUGCUUAGAGUUUACACUUUUCAUUUGCUUCUGCAAAUUAAACUGUGAUACGAGA